AUGCGUGUGUGCAGUCAAGGUCAACACUUGGUAGAUAUCUCAUACAAAACAUCGGCUAUUGUUGAGCGAGUGUGGUUUAUCGCUCUUGUGUUUGUGUUACUGAGUAUCAACACGAACAGUAUCGAACCGUCUAAAACGUCAGAGCAAGCGACAGUGCCAAAGAUUCAGAACGUGACAACAGAAAUUCCACACGAAAAUGUAACAACAGAAAGUCCAAAUAUACACCUACCACACAUCAAUGUCACCGCAGUAACAGACUGGAUAAAAACGCACAAGAAACAAGCUGCGAUUGGUUUGAUUGUUGGGGUGACCAUUGCAGUCAUUAUCAUCCUUAUAAUAUGUUCCUGUAUCUCGAAAUUUGCUGUGGAAAAAGUAAAAAGAAAAAAGAAGAAGAAAGAUGGAGUGUUGCGAGGAUAUCUCAAGAAGAUUAAAUUGCCCAAAUUAAAACUGCCGAAGUUGUCAUUGUUUAAAGUUCAACCAAAAGAUGGAUUUGGCAGGGAAAUUAAAAACAUUGGAAGAUUGAAAUUUUCCCUUUUCUACGAGAAACGAAAUGCAAUUCUUCAUGUGCAUAUCAAAAGCGCAGAAGAUUUAUCAGUGAAGUCUUCAGCCUACGUAUCCUUCAAUUUCGUCCAAGUCGAAUUGGAUCCCUUUUCAGUAGCAAGGAGUGCUGAAGGAGACUAUCUCGAGACAAGAAGAGUUCGUAACAGCAUUUCGCCUGUCUUUGAUGAUCUCAUAACUAUAAACAUCUUGCCAGAUGAACUUAAAGAACAGACAUUGAUGUGUUAUGUGUAUGACGAGAACAGAAUAUCACCGAGAGAUUUGAUUGGCGUGGCAAAGAUAGAAAUGAGUGGGAUACUUAAUAGUAUACAAGGAAAAGAAAAAGAUUUUGACGAAACUCUGAAAUGGCGAAAAGGGGCGAAAGGCGGCGAUAUUUUACUUUCUUUUCGUUGGGAUCCCAGGGAUGAAAUCUUUUGGGUUACUGUUAAAGAAUGUUCGCAUCUCUCGCCUGUCGAUAAAAAAGGUCUAUCAAAUCCAUACGUGAAAAUAGAGGUAUUUGACGGCACGUCUCGGGUUUUUCUAGAGACGACAAAUGCAAAGAGCAGAACUUUAUUUCCGAUAUUUAAUGACAGAUUUCAUUUCAAACUAACCGACCAACAAAAGAAAUCUGCUUGCCUUAUAAUUAGCGUAAAACACCGUCCAAGCUGGAGUGCUGGAAGAAAGGUUGUCAUUGGUCAACUCAGCUUUAGUUUUAGAUCGAUGGGAGAUGAAUUAAGCCACUGGCAGUCAACCUUGUCUAGCGGAAAGGACGUCGAGAUGAUGCACAGUCUACGACCAGCGGUGGAAAUGCCUAGAAAACGUCCUAGCAAGAAAACACAAGGACAGGAUAUCAUUGAUGUGUUGACUGAUGAAGAAAAUCUUUUAGAGGACGAAGAUGAUCUUUUACUUUAAAAAAUAGACACGGCAAAUUAGAAAGAAUGAUAUUUUAUUGUAAAAAGCCUAGAAUAAUAGUAGCUAUACACUGCAUAUAAAUCAACGUGCGUCACAAUUAAGCCGCGAUAUGAAACUGGACACACGUCCGUCUAGGCGACAUAAUGAAAAAAUGGCGGCAUUUUGAUCGAAAUUUUUUUGCAAAUUUAAAUUACGAUAAUAGUGUAAAAGUGUUCAAAAUUUUACAUGAAGGAAGCGAGGAUACACUAGCUUUUUUGAGAAUUUUUUUCUCUAUGAGGUAGUUUUGUUAAGAAUUCGUCAUUUCGACAUGUCGCAUUGUCGCUAUCUAGAGUUUGUUGACAAAAAGUAUAGGACGCCAUGCGGAGACCAAAACUGGUCAAAAAACCUACGAAUCAGAUCCGAAAAAAACUCCAAUCUUUUUUAGGAUCCACUCGCGGUCAUCUUCAAUUACGGCGAAUUCUAGAAACUCUACUCCAUGAAUUCUAGGAACUCAAUUCCCCCUUAACACUCCGGUGGAUUUAUUGCGCUAAUGGCGCGUGCAGAAAAGAUUUGCGUAGUGUAAAUUCCGGGGGUGCGGGGAACUGUCGUCUUAAAUGAAAUAUACGAAUAAAUUUACCUAAAAAGUUGUAACAGGUUAAACCGUUGUAAACUGACUUGUGAAAAUUAAUUAUUUACAACUGGCAUAUUGUCACGAGAGUCGAAAUCACAGUUACCGAGUUACAGUCAUAUUAUACUUCACAUUAACACAAUUUAAAGUUCUCUCAAGUUAUUUUUUUUUGUUGCGAGGAACUUCAAUGAGCAGUAAUUUAACGUUGUGGCAAAUACAGAAUAAAAAACGAUGGACCAAAUGUAAUUUGAUCAGGAAAACAUCAAGUAAACUACGCAAAACUUUUAAUUUGGGCAAGAAAUCUCAUCAAAUGCGCACAUUUGCGAGCAGGUGCACCUCCAAGAUGCUUUCUCUUCGGUCUUGAAUUAAAAG